CCAAGGUCAACGGGCUUUCACGUGGAAAGAAAGCAGCGUCUGUCGAAGCUGGUUUGUCAUCUGUAGAAGAUGUCUGGUCAAAAGCAAACACCGGUCAAGAGGAUACCUAAUGGGGUCAAAUUCUUAUUCGGAGGCGCUGCAGGAAUGGGUGCCACAUUUUUCGUGCAACCUUUGGACCUGGUCAAAAACAGAAUGCAGCUAAGUGGUAUGGGAGGUGAGGCCAGAGAGCACAAGACCAGUUUCCAUGCUGUUCGCUCAAUCCUGAAGAAUGAGGGCAUAUUUGGCAUCUACUCUGGAUUGUCAGCCGGAUUACUACGUCAGGCUACUUACACCACCACAAGAUUGGGCAUCUACACUAUUCUGUUUGACAUGGUGUCUGGAGAUGGAAAACCUCCAAAUUUCUUCACGAAGGCUGCCAUUGGGAUGACUGCAGGAGCUAUUGGGGCAUUUGUUGGGACCCCGGCGGAGAUCUCGCUAAUUAGGAUGACAGCAGAUGGACGAAUGCCAGCAGAAAGUAGACGAAACUACAAGAAUGUUUUUGAUGCUCUUAUAAGAAUUACCAAGGAAGAAGGAGUGGUAACAUUAUGGAGGGGCUGUAUUCCUACAGUUGCCAGAGCUAUGGUUGUCAACGCAGCACAGCUGGCUUCUUACUCCCAAGCAAAGCAGUUCCUUCUCUCAACAUCAUACUUCCAGGACAACAUUCUGUGUCAUUUCGGUGCCAGUAUGAUUAGUGGCCUGGUGACCACGGCAGCCUCUAUGCCAGUAGACAUCGCUAAGACCAGAAUUCAGAACAUGAGGAUUGUUGAUGGAAAACCAGAAUACAAAGGAGCUCUGGAUGUGUUGGUGAAUGUGGUCAGGAAAGAAGGUUUCUUCAGUUUGUGGAAAGGUUUCACCCCAUACUACGCCCGUCUGGGGCCACACACAGUACUCACAUUUAUAUUCCUAGAACAGAUGAACAAGAUUUAUGCUAUAUAUGUUCUACAGGAUAAGCGUGCUUCGGGUGGUUUGUGAUUUACAUAAAGGUGACAUGCACACACAUUAGAGCAUCAAGGUCAGUGUUUUUUUUCCUGCAUUUAUGAUUGUGAAGUACCAGUGAGCUUGAGGUGAAAAACAAAAUAAUGUCAUUGACAUACACUUCAAGAAAAACAAAAAAUCACGGUGUGGUGACUUUAAGCUAUAAACAUUUCUUAUAAGGGCAGUUUUAAGUAUCUUAUGAGUGUGUUAAGAUGUCAUUUAGCUCAGCAGUAUUGUCUCAAAGUGGAUUAGGAUGUUGAUUGUCCAGCUAAUCAGUGUGUUUGUUUCUGGCACAACAUUCAUUUUGGCCAGUUCUAAAUUCUUCAUGUGUAGUUCUGGAGUUUCGGAAAGAAAUACACUUGUAAAUGUAUACAUGAGUGC